CUCAUAAUCGACGCUUCUUUGGCCUGAAAAAAGAGAAGGCGAGCGUGUCACCAAAAGUCGAUGCUGGGCCAGCAAAUGUACAUGGCUGGUUGAUGAAUGUUCCUGGGUAUCGAGAGGAUGCAUCUGCUGUACCGGCAGAUCAAAACAGAGAUGGUCAUUCGUUGCUUGUAGAUGGAGACAAUAACAUUAUUCCUAUAGAGACGAACUCUCGACACCGCCGACAGGGACGGCCCGAGUCGAUAUCAUCGAUUGGAUCAGAAGACAGCGUUGACUUGCAAGAUCUGAUCAAUGCCAACUUUACAGUGGAUAUGGACGAUGAAACGAAUUUGACCGAUUUGGCUGAAUUGGGGCUGGAAGACUCUGAAGAUUUCCUGAAGACGUAUGAGGUAAGCAGUAAGGAGAACAAGGGGGUAAACGUCUAACAAAGUAUUCCAGACACUCGAUUCUCUUCGACCAAUCCUUCAUGGAACUAAGAGCAAUAACAACAAAGCGGCUACAGCAACAAUAUCAUUAGAAGACGAUUUUGAGAAUUUCCUUAAUAUUGGAAAUAAGCAUCAUGUACAGCAUGAGCUUGACUGGUCACCGGAAGAAGACCAUAUGGAAACAAUGUCAAACCAUUCUUCACAGACAAUACAUUAUAGACCAGGAGCUGCACAAUUUAGGCAGACGGCAUCAUUGAUUGAACGAGGGGUGCGUGAACAGCGAUCGGGGAGCAUGAGUAGUGAGAACAGUUUGAACUCCCAAUCGACCAUCACUACCGGAC